AUGGAGCUCUCAGAUCGGCUGAUCAUUUCCAAGCCACUGUAUUUAACGGAACCAAACGAAAAGUGCGGGUAUUGCAGUGGUAAAAAGGCCGACAAACAGGACUAUUUUCCAACGGAAUCCUGGGGGAAACUUCAUGAAAAAGAUGCGGACUCACUACAAAUUAACAACUGCACGCUUGGUAUACAAGUGGAAUUGAUGCCUGUCGAUGUAUACGAUGAUCUUUGCAAUUUGGGAUUCCGCAGGUCGGGAAAUUUCUUGUACAAGGCAGAUCUCCUUAGAAACUGUUGUCGACUUUACACGAUAAGGACCAAACCUGAUCAAUGUGUCAUAUCGAAAGAAUUGAAAACAUGCAUCACACGGUUCCGCAAACGUAUCACAACCGCAAAAGAUGAGGCUUUGAGACAAUUACCCCAAUCUAAGUGUGGGGGCACUACUCAACAAGCGAAAUUUGACUACAUUCAAGAAAUUGUAGAUGCGGAGCUCAAAAGCGACACCUUUUACACGCGGUUCGAACCUGCCAUGUUUACAAUGGAAAAAUAUAACCUAUUUGCCAAAUAUCAGGAAAAGGUGCACAAUGAUCCCAGAAACUCGAUAAAGUCUUUCAAACGGUUUCUUUGCGAAUCGCCGUUUCCUGAAGAUGUAGUGGUUGGAACACAGGAAGAAUGGGACCAACUCAACAACUGGCAUCGUAUGAAACCGGGGGAAACUUUGAAAAGAGUUGGGCCCGUGCAUGAAUGCUAUUAUUAUGAAAACAAACUGAUAGCCAUUGCAGUGACCGAUUUUCUGCCCAGCGGAAUUUCGUCUGUGUAUUUCAUAUGGGAUCCAGACUAUCCUCGCUGGUCGUUGGGGAAACUGAGUGCUCUGCGGGAGCUUAGUAUAUUGUCGAAAAUUAAUCGUCAAUAUUAUUACCUCGGAUACUACGUGGAUGACUGUCCGAAGAUGAGAUACAAACGCAAAUAUGGGGGCGACAUUCUUGACGUCUGUAAUAACCAGUACGUUCCUUUGGACCUUGUGUCUUCACUGGUUGAGAAGGGCAAGUUUUUCGUAUUAGAUCACGAGCAUCGCAACCGAGAUAGUGACGACGAUUACGAUGAAGAAGAUGAUGAUGAUGAUAACCAUUCUGGCUCUUCAGACAAUUCAGAGUUGCCUCUCGACGAUGUGCCGAGAUUGAAUUUAGGAGAGCCGCCUGUUAACAUUGUGGACAAGAUUUAUGGCGAGCACGGCGGUGCUGUCCUGUGUGCCAACGAAGCGGCCGAGAAACUGGCAGAUUUGGGAAUUGAGUACACCCCGACUUUGUUUGAAGACCUCUACAGAUACAAAGUGCCUGGUAUGUUUCAAGCAUUAUCAGAGCCCGAAAUGGUUUAUGAGAAAGACGAUGGAGACAUUCCAGGCUACACAAACGAGAUAUAUCAUUUACCCAACGUCGUACCGGGUUUGCUGCCACUUUGGCAAAUUUUGCAAAUCAUAGAAUCCGGCGAUAUUACUCGGCUUAAUAACAAGCUUAUGCUCUACAAUGUUCGCAGCGGUCAAAUACGAGUUGUAUCUGAUUUCGCACUAGAGACUAAGCGUACCAAACGUGUCAUUUGCAACGUUAUCCGCAUGAUCGGCCUCAACGCUACCGCCAAGAGCCUGAUCAUUGUUUAG